GCCGAUUAACAUAAUUAUCUGUCGACAGAACAUAAUAUUCUCACUACAAGUUAUAACCUUUUGGGCUAUAUAAGGAGAGGUUCUUCUAUGAAACAGAAGUAGGUUUUCUUUUCGGACUUCAAUCCUCUUUCAGGAAAGAUCAUGGAGGGUAAGGUGGGUUUGACCGUAGUUGACGCUGUAGAUUACAAGGGUUUACCUGCUGAUAGGGCGAAAACUGGUGGUUGGGUGCCUGCUUCUCUCAUCCUAGGAAUCGAAAUAUGCGAGAGGCUUUCCACGAUGGGAAUCGCAGUAAACCUGGUGACAUAUUUGGGUGGAACCAUGCAUCUCUCCAGCUCAGCUUCAGCCAACGUCGUCACCGAUUUCAUGGGCACGUCUUUCCUAUUGUGCCUUCUUGGUGGCUUUUUAGCUGACACUUUUCUUGGAAGAUACAAAACUAUUGUCAUUUUUGCCUCUAUUCAAACUCUUGGUACGUGUGCGUUGGCAUUGUCGACCAAGAUACCACAGCUCAGGCCACCACCAUGCCACUCUCUUGAAAACUGCAAACAAGCAAGUGGUUUACAAAUGGGGAUCUUGUAUCUUGCUUUGUAUCUUAUAGCCGUUGGUACGGGUGGUCUGAAAUCAAGUGUUUCUGGAUUUGGAACAGACCAGUUUGACGAAAAGAAUGAAGAGGAAAAGAUCCAAAUGGCUUAUUUCUUUAAUAGGUUUUUCUUCUUUAUAAGUUUGGGAACGUUAAUGGCAGUUACAGUGCUCGUGUACAUACAAGAUGAAGUUGGUAGAAGUUGGGCUUACGGAAUUUGCUCAGUCUCAAUGUUCACGGCGAUUUUGGUGAUCGUGUCUGGGACUAAAAGGUAUCGAUACAAAAAAAGUGCAGGAAGUCCUAUUGUUCAGAUUUUUCAAGUGAUUGUUGCUGCUCUAAAGAAGAGAAAGAUGGAUCUUCCUUAUGAUUCAGGCUUGUUAUACGAAAAUUCGCCUGAGGUUUCAAGAAUCAAACACACGAAUCAGUUUCGUUGCUUAGACAAGGCAGCAAUAGUAGCAGAAGGCGACUUUGAGAAAAAUUCUUCGAGUUCUUGGAAUCCAUGGAAGCUAUGUACGGUGACAAGGGUGGAGGAAGUGAAGAUGAUGGUGAGGUUACUGCCAAUAUGGGCGACGACGAUUCUUUUUUGGACUACUUAUGCUCAAAUGAUUACCUUUUCCGUCGAGCAAGCUGCCACCAUGAGAAGAACUGUCGGAGGUUUCCAAAUCCCUGCCGGAUCGCUCACUGUCUUCUUCGUCGCUGCAAUCUUGCUCAGCUGCGCGGUGUACGAUUCUCUGAUUAUCCCAAUUUGGAAGAAAUGGAAAGGAACACCGGGGUUCACUGAUUUACAAAGAAUUGGGUUGGGUCUUGCUCUCUCAGCGCUAGGAAUGGCGGCAGCGUCGUUGGGCGAGGUGAAAAGAUUAUCGGUGGCGAGGCGGCACCCCACUCAGACGACGGAGCCGCUUCCUAUCAGCGUCUUCAUCCUGAUCCCACAGUUCUUCUUCGUGGGGUCCGGUGAGGCGUUUAUUUACACCGGCCAGCUUGAUUUUUUUAUCACUAGAUCACCAAAAGGGAUGAAAACGAUGAGCACUGGUCUGUUUCUAACAACGCUGUCACUGGGUUUUUUCUUGAGCAGUCUCUUGGUGACUGUGGUGAAGAAUGUCACCGGAAACAAUGGUGAAGGUGGGUGGCUCGCCAACAACAUUAAUAAUGGAAGGCUUGAUCUCUUCUAUGGAUUAGUGGCGGCUUUGAGCGGCUUAAAUUUUGCAAUUUAUCUUGUAUGUGCAGCUUGGUACAAGAAAGACAAAGGUAAAUCGACAGAUGUCGUUGAAAUGGAGAAUUGUUAGACUUUUGAAAGUGGCAUCUCAAUUAAGAUUUGUGUGCAGAUUUUAUUUUCUUGUUGGCAAUGUACACAAAGAAAAUACGAAUAAAAAGUGUGUUUUCUUAA